AUGGCACAAGCAAGUCAAGGAUCUGAGAAAAUUGCUGGAAAAUCCAUGAUGUCCAAGCCUAUUAGAAGUUCUUCCUGUACAAUUCCUUCGGAAAUACUGGAGUUCGAUUAUUCUUACGGAUAUGACUGCAAGCGUCCGUUCAACCUUUGCAAAAUCGACGAUGACGUGCUGGUGUUUGCUUCCGGAAAUCUAAUUCACUUCUUCGAUGUGGCAAAUCAAACCGUUACCACUAGGCGAAGCUCAACCGGAGGUGGCAUUGGAUGUAUUCAAACCAAUCCCAAUCCGGAGCUGUGCCACUUGACGGUGGGAGAGAAUGGGACCAAUCCGCCGAUAAUUAUUUACCAGUAUCCGGAAAUGAGCGUCGUGAACAUCCUGCACAACGGAACCACCCAAGCUUACAGCCGAGUAGAUUACAGUGCCGAUGGAGAGCUACUGGUUUCUCAGGGAUGCGAUCCGGACUACAUGCUGACCGUGUGGAACUGGCGAGAGGCGGAAAUUAUUCUAAGAUGCAAAUCGUUUUCGAACGAUGUGACAAACGUAAUGUUUUCACCGUCGGUUGCUGGGCAUCUCACUUCCUGCGGUCUGGGCCACAUAAAAUUCUGGAAAAUGGCGGAAACAUUUACCGGUCUGAAGCUUCAAGGCGAGCUUGGGCGUUUUGGAAAAACCGAAAUCUCCGACAUAAUCGGCAUCCUACCGAUGCCCGAUGAAAAAGUUCUCUCCGGGUGCCAGUGGGGCAACGUUCUGGUUUGGGAAAGUGGCCUGAUCAAAAUAGAAGUUUGUCGCAAAGGACGAAAACCGUGCCAUCAAGGUCCCAUCACGCAGAUUAGUGUCCGCGACGCUGAAGUCAUGACGUGCGGAAUGGAUGGAUUCAUUAGGAUCUGGUUUUGGGAGACGGUAGAGCUGGCUGAUCCCCCGGAUGAUGACCGUGUAGUGCAGAUAGAACCAAUUAUGGAGUACAGGAUUGGCAAUGAGUCCCUUCAUAGCGAACUGAUGUGUCUUAUCAAGAAAGAAGGAGAUUUUCAGUGGUACGCUCAAGAUGGAAAUGGCGGAAUUUGGAUGUGCGAUAUAACGCCUGCCUACAAACCGGCUGAGCCCCAGCAACUUCUCAAGUGUCACUCAGGACCAAUAAUGGCUGUUCAAGCUAGUCCAACCACACAUCACGUGGCCACCCUGGGCAGCGAUGGAAGAUUGUUCAUGUACGAUUAUUUGCAACGGAAAAUGUUAUUUGACUAUCGAUUCAGCUCAAGUGGUCGCGCCAUGCUUUGGCUUCCUGUAACUCUUGAUCCUACAGGAAUGGUUCUGGCUCUAGGAUUUGAAGAUGGAUUGAUCCGGAUAAUGAUGGUUAACUUGGAUUCCGAGCCACACCUCAAUCUGGUUCAAAUCGUGAAAUCCCAUUCGGAAGCCAUCACUGUAUUUUCCAUCAAUGCGCAAGAGACUGUACUCGUGUCAGGAUCUGAAGAUAAAUCAGCCUUCGUACAUCAACUUAUCAAAGGAAAUCCUCACAUAGCAAUAGAGCCCAUCGGUCUGGUUUACACUCCGUCAGCAGUUUCUACUAUUAAUUGGAAACCAAACACUCGCGCCACCGUACUUAUUGGUUGUCGUCAUGGGCACGUGCUGGAGGCUGAGCUUCCCGUAGAACCUACGUCAUACACCGACAUAUCGUAUCAUCUGAAAAACUUCGAUAUUAGACAGUUAACCUUCCAAUCCGUCAAGUCGGAGAUUAAGAGAAAUAUAAGAAUUGCGAAAAUUGAAGAGCGAAAACAGCAAAAGCAUGCCAGAAAAAUGAAGAGCUUGGAAAGAAUUCGAGCUGAGAAUCCUGGAGUAGAAAUAGACGAGAACGCAUUCUUGGAGGAUUCUGAAGAUGAGGAAGAAUUGGAACCAUUGUUUAUCCCCAAAGUUCCAAAUGCCGUGCUGUGGGUCCAGUAUACGAACGAGAAUACUCUUUGGCUGUCAAUGGGUGGAUACGACGCUGGAUUCGUCUACGAAUACGGAUUCGAUGAUGAGGAUCCGAUUUCAUGCACACCAGUUUCCGGAGCAGAAGACACCGAGAUAAUGUGCUAUAUACAUGACCAUAAAUACUUAAUAUUUGGCAUGGGAGAUGGAUCUAUUCGAGUGAACCGUACCAAAGGAGACUUCCGUGAUUUGAAUGAAUUCUGGGCCCUGAACAUGCAUUAUAACCUCAGUGGAAAGGUAACAGGCUUAGCAUUUAGCUACGACUACCGCUAUCUCUUUAGCAUCGGCACGGAUGGCAAUCUUUUCGCCUACAAAUGGUACGGCGAGACGGGUGCAAUUGAGGCUAUUGAAACGAAAUCCCUCGAAAUGGUAGUACCCUACGUUGACGAUAUCGAUGACCCUGCCUUCCUAUCGCUAGAACAGCAGAAAAUCAAACAAGAAAAUGAUAGAAAGGCAAACCUGCUGAACGACAAGAAAAAUGAAAUCCUCGACACCGUAGCGGAAUAUCGAAAACAGUUUGAAAAGAUUCUAGCCAGGAAUCAAGCUUUGCCUGAGUCGCAGCGAUACGCAAUGGAGGAUUUUAUUUUGGACGAACGAAUAACUGCCGAUAUGAAGCAAGAGCUGGAGACUGACAUGGAUCUUGUCCGCCGGAAGACGGCAUUCGAUGUCGAGAAAGCACGUCUCUCUGGAGAGAAGCUGAAAAAUUUCUUUCUGGCUGAAAUGGAAAGUGUUCCCAUUGAAGUUCUUGGCGUGAGAAGCCCGACAUCAGUUAAGUCAUUUCGGAUAAGCAAACUAAAUGAUGAGUAUUAUCAGACUUUUAUAGACUUGGAGCAUCGAAUUGAAGAAGAGGAAGCAAGACGGAG